GGGGUUACAAGUUCUCGCGAGAAGUCCGUGUUUUAUUCCUACGUAAUGUGCCGUGCUGCUUAUGGCGGCGCUGGUGAUGGUGCUGUGAGCUGUUGGGUAUGAAGUAUAACUGAACAGAAACUACCACCUGAAACUGCUGCUUCAAGUUCAGAUCAUUCAAGGAACACCUACCACGAUAGUAACCAACAAGACCAAAGAAGAGAACUUGCGCUGAAGUCACAACGCUUGAUCUGAAACAAGAAGUUUGUGCCUACUCAACAGCUACACAAGAGCACUUCCCAACGCUGCUAAUAGUCUUUGUUUUAUUCUCAGUGCUGCACUUUGCAACUGCAUAGUCCAGCGGGAGUUGUCUUUUCCUCACUCGCUUGAUAGAUCUUCUUCCUUUUUUUUUGUGUUUAAAUACUAGCAAUCAGCAACCUUUUGAAGUGUGCGCUGUCCAGGGGGAAAAAAUAAAAUAAAAAAAAAAUUAAAAAACAAACAAAAAACAAAUACAAAUUAAAUACUACUGAGUGCAAUACCUGAAUCUCUUCAAGCCUUAUAAAAUUUAAUUGAAACAAGAGUAGGAAUAUGGCAAGCACCUGGAAAGAAUUUGUUGAAUUUUCCAUGCCGUCUUCUCCCCCUACUGCAUACGCUAGCGCCAACCUGGGCAAUUCAUCUCCUGUCGGACUGACUUUAUCACCUUAUGGGCGAUCACUGUAUGUGAUGGAGAAAAUAUAUGCCAUGCCAGAGCCUCUCACGCCUUCUCCUGCUGGCCCUCCUUUUACUACUUCUUGUGGGUCUAAAAAACAGAGGAGGACCCCCUUGUACCAAAGAUCUAUGAGCUUUGACCCAAACCUUCUUCACAACAAUGGACACAACGGAUACCCCAACGGUACUUCACUUCGUGAAACAGGAGUUAUUGAGAAAUUGCUGACAUCGUAUGGAUUUAUUCAAUGCUCGGAGCGUCAAGCAAGGCUUUUUUUCCACUGCUCUCAGUAUAAUGGGAACCUGCAGGAGCUGAAAGUGGGAGAUGAUGUUGAAUUUGAAGUGUCAUCUGAUCGAAGAACUGGCAAACCAAUUGCUGUUAAACUAAUAAAAAUAAAAACAGAAAUUUUACCUGAAGAAAGGAUCAACGGUCAGGUGGUGUGCGCUGUGCCUCAUAACUUAGAAAGCAAGUCUCCAGCAGCUCCGGGUCAGAGUCCCUCAGGGAGUGUGUGCUAUGAACGCAAUGGGGAGGUGUUUUAUCUUACUUACACCCUGGAUGAUGUAGAUGGAAACAUUCAGCUGGAAACUGGAGAUAAAAUAAGUUUUAUUAUUGAAACAAGCAAACAUACCGGUGCCGUUAGCGCUCGUAGUAUUAUGCUGCUAAUGAAGAGAAAGCAAAUGCGUUGUCAAGGAGUAGUUUGUGCCAUGAAGGAAGCCUUUGGGUUCAUUGAAAGGGGUGAUGUAGUCAAGGAGAUAUUUUUCCACUACAGCGAAUUUAAAGGUGACCUUGAAGCCUUACAGCCUGGUGAUGAUGUUGAAUUUACAAUCAAGGAGCGAAAUGGUAAGGAGGUGGCAACAGACGUGAGGCUGCUGCCUCAGGGAACAGUUAUAUUUGAAGAUAUCAGCAUUGAACACUUUGAAGGAACUGUUACCAAAGUUAUCCCAAAAGUACCCAACAAAAACCAGAAUGACCCUUUACCAGGUCGAAUCAAAGCUGAUUUUAUGGUUCCUAAAGAACUCCCAUUUGGUGACAAAGAUACAAAGUCCAAGGUUACUCUGCUGGAAGGUGAUCACGUGAGAUUCAACAUUUCAACAGAUCGACGGGACAAACUGGAACGCGCUACUAACAUUGAAGUCCUCACAGAUAGCUUUCAAUACACGGAUGAGUCUAGAGAGAUGGGUGUGAUUGCAGCAAUGAGGGAUGGGUUUGGUUUUAUAAAAUGUGUUGAUCGGGAUGCCAGAAUGUUCUUUCACUUCAGUGAAGUCCUGGAUGGAAACCAGCUACACAUUUCUGAUGAAGUUGAGUUUACUGUUGUCCCUGAUAUGCUGUCCGCCCAGAGAAAUCACGCAAUAAGAAUUAAAAAGCUUCCAAAGGGAACGGUCUCCUUUCACACCCAGUCAGACCACCGCUUUGUUGGCAUUGUGGAAAAAGAAGCAACUGCACCCAGCACAAAGUCAAACAGCCCCAACAAAGGGAAGGAAAAGGAGGGCGAGGAAGGAAUCAUCUCCUAUGAAGACUGUGGUAUAAGGCUGACUGUUUCUUAUCAUAUAAAGGAUUUGGAAGGGUCCUCUCCACCUCAACAAGGCGAUAAGGUUGAGUUCAGCAUUUGUGAAACUAAAAGGACUGGACAACAAAGUGCAGUUUCAAUGAAAGUUCUUGGGCGAAAUUCUAAUGCCAAAAGGUUUAUUGGCUAUGUGGCUACCCUGAAAGAUAACUUUGGAUUUAUCGAAACUGCUAACCAUGAUAAAGAAAUAUUCUUUCAUUACAGCGAAUAUUCUGGUGAUGUGGAUAAGCUAGACCUGGGAGACAUGGUUGAAUACUGUUUGUCCAAAGGAAAGGGGAACAAGGUCAGCGCUGAGAGGAUCUCAAAGGUUCACCAAGUAAAUGGUUCAAAUGAUGAAGUUGAUCCAACAGUAUAUUGGGGUAGAGUGAUCAGACCACUAAGAAGUGUUGAUCCUACACAGACUGAAUACCAAGGCAUGAUUGAGCUUCUUGAAGAGGUUUCCGAUAAGCAAAAGAUUACAGAAGAAACUGAUGAGCAAACUGCAGAUUCAGAAGCAGAUGUGGACCUGGACGUGGAAACUAACAAACAAGCUAGUAUGAAAGGAAACCACAUCCCCUUUGGAAUUGUUGGAAUGGCAAAUAAAGCAGAUUGUCUUCAAAAGGGAGAGUCCGUUAAGUUUCAGCUGUCUGUUCUGGGGCAGAAUAGCCAAACGAUGGCUUGUAACAUCGAGCCCCUCCGCAGGGGCACUGUGGAGUGUGUAAAGGAUCAGUUUGGCUUCAUAAACUAUGAAGUAGGUGAUAGCAAGAAGCUCUUCUUCCAUGUGAAGGAGAUUCAGGAUGGGGUGGAGCUGCAGGCUGGAGAUGAAGUAGAGUUCUCGGUUAUCUUGAAUCAACGUACUGGGAAGUGCAGCGGUUGUAAUGUUAAACUUAUAAGCAGGGGCCCUGAAAUGGUGGCAGCACCUCGUCCUGACAGAUUAGUAAAUCGUUUAAAGAGCAUAACCCUGGAUGAUGCUAAUGCACCCCGUCUCAUGGUUCUACGUCAGCCCAAAGGUCCAGACAACACAAAGGGAUUUGUCUUGGAGAGAAAGCUCCGUCAAGCUGGUGUCAUCGACUGAUUUUAUUCCAUCUGCAGAAGCACAUUACCUACUAUAUGAUCAAACAAGGGAUCUUGUGAAGAACAUCAUCAUCAUCAUCUUUAAUGCCCAUAAAUCUAAGAAUCUUAUUCUUUAUAACUAUUACAUUUUAACACCUUUAUGUUCAAACCAGGAAGGUGAUGAAACUUUUUUUUUUUUUAAUUAUGCACAUUUGUAAGUGAGGAGUUACAGUUGAAGCCUUAUAGUAUGGUUUUUAUAUUUUAAAGAAGCUUUGUUUUGAAUGGUGCAUCUUAAAAUAAACUUUUUCCUAUUUGUCAGAUAUGGUAACAAAGCGUGAUUUUUAACCCAAUGGAAUUCUGCACUUCGUACUGUUUUGUAUAUAUUCUACCUCCUUUGCCGCAACAUAGUUCUACUUUUGCCUGUAUGUCUUCAUUUUCUUCAGUUUUGGGGCUUUGAUGCCCCCAACCCCAGAGGACCACGUGUUUAAAGGUGGAAUAUAUCCUAUUAAGACAAUUCUUGGCACAUGGUUUUAAGGCUUGUUUCUUGGUUAAAGACAGAUGUGUUUUUUUUUUGUUUUCUUUUUUCUCCCCUCAAAACCAUUUAUUUCUUAAACUUCCCAAAGCACCUUGUUUGCUUCAAAAUCAGUUUAGUGUUAAUAUGUGGCUUUGAAGAUGCAGAAUUCUGUAUGGGUAAAGUGCCAUCUGUAUGAACUUAAACGUAUAAAAACGCAGGGUUUUUUUUUUUUUCUUUGCUGCUUCAACAGUGCAGCGUUUCUGAUGUUUAAAAAAAGAAAAAUGUGCCUCAAACUUUUCUUUACAUCAACAUCUUAUACUGUUUAAAUUCUUUAGGCUUUGGAAGCUGUAUUGAUACUUGCAACGAGAUGAAUUUAGGACAUUGGCACCAUUUAUUUUUCAUUAUCCAUCUACUUUAACAUCUGUAUAAAUGUAUUAUAUAUUAUAUAUAAUACAUUUACACUUUCAUGCAGGUCCUCCUCCCCUUGUUAAUCGACAAAACAAAAUGUGGUCAAAAAUUUUCAAUCCAGACCUAUAUUCGCUGGAUUUAAGGAAGAGGGUUUUUUUCCACCUCUAUGAUUUUCUUUUUGCAGAAGAUGCAUUACCUUUGUAAAACAAGACUUGGCUCCAAUUUUUGUUUAAUGGCAACAAAAGAAAAAUUAGAAUAAAGUUUUACCAAUUUUGAAA